UGAGGAUAGGCCCGGGGCGGGGCCGCGCGGAGUUUGAAAUCCGCAGCGGUGGGCGAGAGACCCGCUGUGCUCGGAUCGGCUCGGCGCCUGGGGUGAUCGCAGGGCGCGGUGGACAGAGGCGGCACAGCCAGCAGAUGGCCUGUCGGUGGUCGGUGCGCCGGAGAUCGCUGCUGGAGGAGGAGCAGCCGGAGGAGGAAGCCGCCACGCCGUCCGCAGCCGGCCAGCAGGAUGCGUCCGCGGGGGCCCUGGGCUCCCUAUGCAGACAGUUCCAAAGGAGGCUGCCCCUGAGGGCGGUCAGCCUCAACCUUGGGGCGGGUCCUUCAUGGAAACGCCUGGGGACUCCAGAACCAGAGCAGCAGAGCCUCCAGGCGGCAGCUCGCUCAGCCAAGAGCGCCCUGGGGGCCAUGUCUCAGAGGAUCCAGGAGUCCUGCCAGAGUGGCACCAAGUGGCUGGUGGAGACGCAGGUGAAAGCCAGGAGGAGGAGGAGAGGGGUGCAGACAGGUGGUGGCUCCCCCCCGCACACCCUGAGCCAGAAGAGCACCCGGCUGUCGAGCACCGCCCACCCAGCGCUGGGCUCCCGGGAGCGGGGGUAUCGCCGCCUCUCGGCCCAGACAGGCCCCCGUGCCCACCUGCUCCGGCGGCCAAGGAGGGACGCUGCCUUCCAGAGGAGCCCCUACUCCUCCACAGAGCCCCUGUGCUCUCCCAGUGAGUCUGACAGUGACCUUGAGCCUGCAGGGGCAGGAAUUCCACUCCUUCAGAAGUUGUCCCAGAAGCUGGAUGAAGCCAUAGUGGCUGAAGACAGCGGCGACAUGACCGUCUCUCUCCUCCACAACUAAGGAUGGUGCCCGGCAGGGAACAAGCCCCGUGUGGCACCACACCCAGGACGUCUAGGCCACCCCGUGAGGCCCUGGAGGAAGCCCUGACCCUCCAGCCUGCUGCUAAUGAGCACCUGACGAACAGAGGGCCCCGGAGCUCCCCUGCACUGGCCACCUCUAGGCCCGUCGCCUGUCAUAGCCGGCGGCGACUUGGGGCCUUGCAGACAUGGAAGAAAUUGUUUCUUCUGCUCCCCCAGGGGACUCUUGGGCUUAGAAACUCAUCCCCCCCUCGAGCCUCGGGCUGCUUCCUCCACAGUGUGAUGCGCAGGCACUGGGGGUGUGGCGGGGCCUGGGCCCUGCACCCAGAAGCAGAGUCCCUGGGGGGUCGUCCCAGCUUCCAUUCCUGCUCCCCGCACCAGGGCCCUGGAGGAAGGGACAGGAGAUGUCUCCAGGCGGAAGGACCCUGGGCUCCGGGCCACCUACUGAUACGUUCAGCAUAGGGCACUGUGGAUGUGCAGGGAGGGUGGCCCUCUGUAAGUUAUUUAAGAAAUCUGCUUUGUCAUUUUAUUAGAAAGGAAUCCGUGUACCACUUUCCCAGAGGACAACGCCUGCUCCUAAUAAAGACUCAUUGUGCUUCAGACUCCGUGGCCUGUCGCCCCCACAGCUUGGCCCCUCCCAGCCCUCCCAGUCCAAGCCGGCCUGCCCCGCCCCCCAGCUAAGGGACACACAAGUACAGCGCCUCCACUGAGCUCAAAGCAGAGCACGUUUUAAAGGCAAAUAAGGUUUUUAUUUAAUCGACAACGUUUGAGAUUUGUUAAAAACCAGCUCACAUCAAAAUCGAGACCUGUUGUAAAAAUCUUUUAACUCCAUAAUGCUGUUUUUUGUCAUGUUAGAAAUCUGGUGUUUUACAUUUUCUGUUCUAACGGAUUGUGUACAGGCAGCCGCAAGGAAUCUAACAAACCUUUUCUCACCACGGAACCGUCCGGCACAGAGAAUACUGAACGUCACACACUUGGGAACGGUCAGGCCACGGACAAGGUCGGACUGGCUGCCACCACCGAGUAAACAGGACAGCGGGAUCGAGGGUGGGGGUCCCCGCACGCGAGCAGCCCUCCUCCCAUCUCUCCCUCCGCAGUGCAUCCCGGAGGGCCUGGCUGACUUCCCUCGCCCCCUCCCCGCUGGCUCUCAGCAAGGACAGCAGAGCCCACCAGGCCUCUCUGCUUGGACUUGAUCCUAGCUGGGAUGUGUAAGAAAGCCCCCUCCCCCCACCAAGCCCAGAAGGAAGGGGAGGGGAGGUUUGUUUUUGGCUGAGCCAAAGAUUCUAGGUUUCCAGGGCACUUGGCCCCCCACCCCCUGGGAUUCAGUGAGAAAUUGGUUGUUUAAGGCCAGGUGGACUGUGAUGCUCCUUCAUCGGCAGGGAGCCCCUCCUGAGCAGGGCUGCACCUGCGCUGGGCGAGAUGGCAGGGAUGCAAAACCCACACCAGCUCUGGCCCCGGGUCCACCUGCCUUGGCAGAGUGCCGCUGCUGCGGGAAGAUUGGUGCCGUGUUUUGUUUGUAGGACACUGGCACAGGC